UCUCUUGGCGUCACGGGCACGCAUCUUUCAAUAGGGAGAGUUACUGAUACCGACAGUCGUCGAUAGGCAAGUACAGAAUUGAGCCCCUAGUGGUCCGCGGACCACUGGUUGGGAACCCCCCCCUACGCUGACGCUUGACGCUUAUUUUCAGCGUCAAAAGACAUCACGUGACUAAAAAUUACGAAUGGGUAUCUUUAUUUUUUGUCACGUGAUGUCUUGACGCCGAAAAUGAGCAUCAAGCGUCAGCCAUCCCCUCCACGUGCAGCUAGCGUAUAGUAUAAGCCUAUAAGAUUUCGAAAAGCUAUUGCUGGCUGUUGCCUUUCCACUUCAUUUCUUUGUGAGCUAACAAACUGAAUAGUAGUGAUACAUUUUGCUUGUCGAAAAGAGAAAUUUAGUCUUAACCAAGAUUAAAUUAUAUAAGGAUACAAUCAUUAAAAUAAAGAGAGAUACUAUGGCAGCCAAUUAUCAAUCUUCAUAUUAUAAUAUUAAUCAUUAUCCUUAUAUCGACAAACUGCCCAUUUUGGGUCGAGAUAUUAAUAAUACCAAAGUGCAUGUUAAUUUUGUUUUUCAAUUUGCAAAGAAUAGUUUUAAUUAUCAAUGUGACAGCAUCAAUGAUAAUUCUGGAAUAUCUGCUACUGUUCAUGACAUAGUUGGGCCACCUACAAAUUAUUCACGUUAUAACUUUGGGAUUCAUAUACAUACAAUUCGGGAAAUGCAGAACAAAAUAUCUUCAAAAUCAAUUGAUUCUAUGAUGCUUGAAAAAGAGCAAAUUAAUCACAGUUAUAUUAAUAUCGAGUAUCAUGAAUCUGUAUAUCCAGUUCGAAUCUCUAUGUACGAAAAAUAUAAUCCUGGAAGAGUAAUUCGAAUUUGGGCUAAAGAUUAUAACAAUCAGUGGUUUCUAUUGUGGAAUGAAACAGAAAUUCGAAUAACACAAGAAAAUGUCGGCUUAACAUUAUUUUCCCCAAUUUUACGGCCGUGUAAUUUCAAAACAAAGAUGCUCAGAUUAGAAUUCAAUUGUAGCUUAUUAGAAAAGCAUUUCAAAUUGGAUGCUGUAAUGCUUAUUGGUACUUCAGAAUUAAUCCUUCCUACACAUUUUGACAAAAAUCUACUUAAUCAAUUAAGACUUGAACGUCAUAUAAGAGAGAUUAUAGUAUCUAAAUAUAAGCCAUUGGAUUUUAACCGUCAUGAAAACUUUCCUUGCUUUGUAUAUACACACAGGCAUCCAAAUGUACAUAAACAUGCAUAUGCUAAAAUGGGUACAAAUGAAUUUCAAGAGAAAAUAGACGAGUAUUGCACUUUUUAUAAAAGCAAUAUAAUAGAAAAUCUUCACAAGGCUGAGCUCGCACAUAGAAAAGUAUCUCAAGAUAUAAUCCCUAAUUUUUUGCAAUUUGUUAAGCGGGUAUAUAAAAAUCCUUUAUUCAAUGAUUAUUCGAAUUAUAAGAAGUUGAUGGAAAAUAUUGAAUCUCUAUGGGAUAACUCCAAUGAGCUACCACGUUGCAGUUUAUCUGAUCUUUCUGAUGAAAUAAUAUUGGAAAUAUUAAAAAAUUUAGAUUUUAAGUCGUUAUGCCGUGUGAGCAAAGUAAACAAACGUUUAAACAAUUUGUCAUGGGAUUCUUCUCUUUACGAGAGUUUGAAUGUGCGAAAUAUACAUUUUACAUAUUGGCGCUUCGAAAUUUCUCAUAUAUUUAACUACUUUGCGCCUAGAUGUAAAUAUUUAACACAGCUGGAUCUGUCAUUUUGCAACUUCUUUGCUGCAGAUUUUAUUGAAUUUCUUAACAAUUGCGGAAAUUUAACGGAUUUAAGAUUAAUUUCCUGUCAAUCCAUCGACAACUUUGUUGUAUUAAAAAUAUCAGAGAUAUGUAUAAAAUUAAAAGUGUUGGACUUAUCUAAUUGUAAUCUUAUAAAAGAUGAAGGUUUUUCUCAUCUUGAAAAAUUAAAGUUUCUGGAGUGUUUACAUCUUCAAGAGAUAAAAAAUUUAAAAACUGAAACUCUUUGUAAAAUACUUCAGAACAAUCAACAUAUACAUGAGUUAAAUUUAGCCUACAAUAAAAAUUUAAAUUUGGACGCAGUUGCACUGGAAUUAAAAACUUCGUGUCCAAAUUUAGAAAAGAUAAAUUUACGAAUGACAAACACUCUUACGUCGCAAGGUAUUGAUGCCCUUGCUUCUUGUAAGAAACUCCAGGAAGUGAUUUUUGGAUUUAUCAAGAUGCCUAAUAUAAGUGAUCUACAGAACAGCUUCGAUAAAUUGUUUUCCUGUUGUCAACGUUUAAAAGCAAUUGACUUGAGUAAUUUUCUAGGGAGCAUCCCAGAUUUGGAAACAAAAUCGCUGCUCGUAAAAUGCAACUUAAAGUUUCUACUAGAUUUACCUUUACUUAAAGUUUCUAAUAGAUUUACAUUUUAUGUAUUGAAUAUAUAUGACUGGAUAUCCCUUUAUCUUUAAAUAGAAAGAAACGUAUCGUAUCUUUUAUUCCUUUUUGUAAAAGUAUAUAAAGAGUCUAUAUACAAUCAAAGAGCCGCGACUGUCUGCUAAACAGAUUAAUCGCAAACAUGGCGACAGUUCGCAUCAACUUAAAAAGUAAAUGUUCUUUUUAAUAGUUCGUAAUUAAAUUUGUUAUAUACAUAUUAAAUUGUAAAAACUUUUUUAAAAAUAAACAUUUUUUAAUACAAAA